AUGAAGAGCAAGAGAAAAGACAACCUCAGCGACGCGGAUCUCGCGUACAAGGAGGAGUUAGACGCCCUCGUUCGCGAACUGGUCGAGUCGCGCCUUGAAGAUUCUGCUGCGCAGCCGAUUCUCCUGCAACUGGUCCAACACGCUACCACGAAUGGCGGGAACAUCACGUCGGUGCCGAAGGCGCUGCAGUUCCUCAUCGAGCACAAGACCGCUCUCUACGACCUAUAUCAAGCGUACAUGGGCGAAUCUGGAGAUGACACGUAUUCCGUGUUUCUCCUGUUGGAGCUUAUGAGCUUCCUCGACGCCAUCGGCACGUCGGACAAUGCCAAGGAGGCGCAGAAGACGCACAAGAAGGAUUCCGACAAGUUCAAGCUCAUGCUAUACAAAAUAGAGGCCGUUAUGGUGGCCAGGCGCCUGCUGGCUAAUCCCGCGACCCCUGCCGAGGUGCGCGAAAAACUUACCAACCGCAAAAUACAGGAUUGGGGAAACGAGUACCUGACAUCGUUGUCCACUCAUAUCGUCACAUUCUUCAACAUGCCGGAGACUAGGGACGUUUACGACUCUUUGCCUCGCUCAUCGGACCAGAUGGAUGUUGUAACUGCUGAAAAGCAGUCGGUGUUGCAAAAGUUCGACACCGCGUUGCUCAUACCUGAGGCGCUGAAAUUUGCCGAGGAUAUCACGGAUUAUUUUUUCAAAAACGGUUUCGAGUACGACGCCAUUGACCUUUUGCUAGAGGUCGACUUGAUAGAGUCCAUCCGCCGAAAGUGCGGAAAUGACCACGACCUCAUCACCAGGGUCACCUCGUACAUCAUCUCCAUAUCGGCGUUCGGCGCGACCUACGUUGAAACUAGGCGUAUGCUGGUUGUGGUGUACGAAAUACUGUUGGAAGCGGGUCGAUCGGCUGAGGCGCUGCGCAUAGCGCUGAAGCUGGACGACCAGGAGAAGGUGAGAGAGGUCAUAUUCGGCUGCACCAAUGCCGCCACCCGCCGGCAGCUGGCGUACAUAUGCGCCAGCCACGGGAAGUAUCUCAACCUCGCUGAAAACGGCGGCGCUGAGUCCGUGCUCACGUCUGAUGAUAUCGAAGAAAUCAGGGUCAUAUCCUCAGGGGAGCACUUGAGCGGGUUCUUCCUGAUCUUGGCUACUGAGCUGGAUGUCAUUGAGCCCAAAACUCCACAGGACAUUUUCAGGUCGUACCCAGUCACCAAGCUCAACACCAACUUCAACAUCACUGACGGCAGGCUGUCGAAGAACCUGGCGUUUGACUCCGCACUCGGGAACCUUUCCCACACUUUCGUGAAUGCGUUCGUCAACUGCGGAUUCGGAACCGACAUGCUCAUCAAUGUGCCAGAUUCCGAUUGGGUGUUCCAUCACCACGAAUACGGGCUGCUGUGCGCCGCGGCAUCGGUAGGGCUGAUCAGCCUCUGGAACGUCGAAGAGGGGCUUUCAAAGGUCGACAAAUACGAGUACAGCGCCAACACAUACGUCAAGGCGGGGUCGUACGCGGCUUACGGGCUUUCGAGCUGCGGUGUUGUCCCGGAUGCUGACCCGCUAUCCGGACUGUUGCUCGACAAGCUGGAUGGACCCGAGAAAACGGAAUGUUUGGGUGCGGUUCUCGGCAUCGCAUUCGGAUACGCCGGCACACAGCAGGAGAGCCUGCUGGAAUCCCUGGUGCCGAUUGUCGUAUCCGACGAAACGCAAUACCCAAUCGUGUGCAGCGCCAUGGCUGCGGUUGCCUUGGGGCUCAUAUUCGUCGGCUCGGGUAGGCAGGAGGUCUCCGAGGCCAUCGUGCAGAAGCUGCUCGACAUACCAGAUAACUCCAUGGACAUGGCUGCUAAAUGUCAAUUCGCCUGUGCGCUCGGCAUCCUGCAAAUGGGUAGGAUGGAUGCAUCCGAGGUUGUCAUCGAAGCCCUCAAGGCAGUGGACGGCGAGCACGGGCGCAUCGCAGAGUUGAUGGUUGAAGCUUGUGCUUACGCAGGCUCCGGCGAUGUGAUACGGAUCCAGCAGUUCCUCAAAUGCUGCGCUUCGGCAGAGAAUGAACCCAAACCGAAGGAGGGCAAGCAAGACGCAGAUGACGCCAUGGAGGUCGAUAUGCCACCAAAGUCACCGAAGCAACCUGCGAUAGAUGCGGCGUUAUCUGCACUGCAGAACGCUUCAGAAGCCGCUGGACAUGACACAAAGAAGGAUGGCAAACCAGGAAGAGUGGGAUUCAAACUCGAUGAAGAUACUUCGAGCUCCAAACGCAGCGUAGUGAACCAGUCUUCUGUGGCCAUACUGGGCAUCGCACUGACGGCGCUGGGCGACUCGGUGGGCUGUGCCAUGCUGCUCAGGCUGUUCGAGCACCCGCUAUCGUUUGGUAGCCCAUGUGAGCGCCGCGCAGCCCCGCUGGCACUAGCUCUGGCAUAUGCCUCCAACCCCAGCCCGCAGGUUAUCGACGCGCUCUCCAAGCUCACGCACGACGUCGACUACUUCGUCAGCAUGCACGCCAUAUUUGCACUCGGUAUUGUGGGAGCCGGAACGAACAACGCUCGCAUCGCCAUUAAGCUGCAGAAUCUCGCCAAGAGCCACACGCGAGACACGAGCAUCAUAUUUAUCAUCAGAAUCGCAGCCGGACUCCUCCACAUGGGGAAGGGCACCACCACCAUAUCACCGCUACACUCCGAAGGCCUGCUGCUUCGCAAGACGGCACUGGCAGGGCUCCUGGUCACGAUGACGGCGGCGCUCGACAUGAAGAACACUUUUACGCAAUCCAUGCCGUUCACGCUGCUCUUCGUGGCGCUCGCCAUCAGGCCGAGGUGGAUGCUUACGCUCCUGCCUAACCUCGAGCACGUGCAGGUUCCGUGCCGCGUCGGGAACAUGGUCGAGACCACCGGUACCGUGGGCAAGCAGCGACGUAUCUCAGGAUUCCAGACGCACCAGACUCCGGUGCUCGUCGGAGCCUCCGAGCGCGCCGAGCUGGCGACCGAGGAAUACGUACCGUGCACCACCGUCCUCGAGGGUAUUGUCAUCGUCGAAAAGAAUGACAAUGUAACGAUGGACUGA